UUAGAAAAUGUUGUUGGCAUUAAGGGAACAGUCCUCUCCUGGCUCAGAUCUUAUCUGGCGAUCGUUAUCAGUUCGUAGAUGUAAAUAAAGACUUCUCCACGCAUACUGAGGUUACCUUUGGAGUUCCACAGGGUUCUGUUUUAGGCCCACUGCUUUUUACUUUAUAUAUGCUACUCCUAGGACAAAUUAUUCGUAAGCAUGGAAUUAGCUUCCACUGUUCUGCUGAUGAUACACAGUUGUAUGUUUCAGCGAAGCCAGAGGACAGACAGAAGCUUAGUAAGGUUGAGGAUUGUGUAAAGGACAUUAGACUUUGGAUGUUAACUAACUUCCUUUUACUUAAUUCUGAUAAAACAGAAAUACUAUUAUUAGGAUCACGUGUAGCUAGAAAUAAUCUUUCUGAUCACAUGGUUACUCUGGAUGGACUUUCUGUUUCAACAUGUACAGCAGUUAAAGACCUUGAAGUGAUUAUUGACUCCAGCCUAUCAUUUGAUGCUUAUGUAGAUAAUAUUACUAGGAUAGCCUUCUUUCAUCUCAGGAAUAUUUCUAAGAUAAGAAAUAUAUUGUCACUACAUGAUGCAGAAAUACUAGUUCAUGCAUUCGUCACCUCUAGAUUAGAUUACUGUAAUGCCUUACUGUCUGGAUGUUCCAGUAGGAAUAUAAACAAACUCCAGUUAGUCCAGAAUGCAGCUGCUAGAGUCCUAACUAGAACUAGAAGAUACGACCAUAUCACACCAAUAUUAUCAAUACUGCAUUGGCUCCUAGUGGAAUCCCGCAUUAACUAUAAAAUACUUUUAUUAGCCUAUAAAGUACUACACGGUCUCGCACCACAAUAUCUAAGCGACCUUUUGGUUUUCUAUGAUCCGCCACGCCUACUUAGAUCAAAAGAUGCAGGCUAUUUGACGGUACCUCGAAGAGUGAAGGCUACAGCAGGGGUGAGAGCUUUCACUUAUAGAGCCCCACUGUUAUGGAACAGUCUUCCUAUUAGUGUUCAGGACUCAGGCACAGUCUCAGUGUUAAAUCUAGGCGUAAAACGUAUUUGUUUACUCAAGCCUACCCUGACUAGACUUUCUAUUAUACUAAUUCCCAGUCCUAAUAAUCUUUUCUCUCCCUCUCUCCUUCUGCCGAGCCACACACGAUUUUAUGGAGAUACUAGAGAUCCAGAUCCUUUCUGCCUCUGGAUGGAGCUCAAAUCUUCUCCAAUUCCAGACUGCUGGGACUAUGGCUGCUCCUAAGGCCAUACAGACUUCAUAUAAGUCAAUAAUGAACUUUUUCACAAUAUCUGUUGUUACCCUGAAGAGGAUGGGUUCCCUUCUGAGUCUGGUUCCUCUCAAGGUUUCUUCCUCUUAAAACAUCUUAGGGGGUUUUUCCUUGCCACCGUCGCCACUCAGUGGCUUGCUCAGUUGGGAUAAAUUCACACCUUUAAUAUUUGUAUACCGUGUUGAUAUUUCUGUAAAGCUACU